AUGGAAGCAAAGAACGAAAAACCCAUUACGGUCGACGAGAUAAAAGCCUUGGCUCAAAAGCGCUUACCGGCAUACGUCUGGCGCUAUUACUCAGAUGGAGCUGAUGAUCAACUGACAACUUUGCGGAAUCAAGAGGUAUACGAAACUCUUGUUAUCCGUCCACGCAUUCUUCGAAAUGUAUCUUCAAUUGAUACCUCGACACGGAUAUUCGGAAAACACUAUGAUAUACCCAUAGCCAUCGCACCGAGCGCAUACCAGCGUCUUGCCGGGUACAAUGGCGAGAUAGACGUCGCCCAAGCCGCUUUUGCCCGUGGCACCAAUAUCUGUCUGUCUUCCAACGCGACAACAUCCCUGGAAGACGUCGCCCGAACCCUACCUCAACGCGACGCCAAGUACCCCAAACCAUGGUUUCAACUAUAUUUUGUACGUUCCCGUGAUAUAACAAAAGAGCUCAUUGAGCGGGCCGAACGAGCGGGCUAUGAAGCUCUCGUUCUGACAGUGGAUACGACGACCAUGGGGAAUCGCCUGCACGAACGCAAAAACCCUUUGAAGUUGCCUGCUGAUUUGAGCAUGGCUAACAUGACUACCAUCAAAGGCGGUGGCGUAUCAAAAGGUCGAUUAAUUCUGAACGCCGAGACUGCAGAAGAGGCGGCCAAAAUUGAGAGGGAGCAUUCGGAUCUUCUCGUCGACUCAGCUCUGACGUGGACAGAGACAAUACCCUGGCUACGAUCUCAAACAAACAUGAAGAUUAUUCUUAAGGGAGUUCUCACAGCCGAAGAUGCCCUCUUAGCAGUAGAGGCUGGUAUCGACGCCAUCAUUGUGUCAAACCAUGGCGGUCGUCAACUCGACAGCGUUCCAGCGACACUUGAAGCUUUACCCGAGAUUUCUGACGCUGUAAAGGGCCGUAUUCCUGUUCUAUUUGACGGUGGGAUUAGUAAGGGCUCAGACGUCUUCAAAGCCCUAGCUUUAGGGGCAGAUCUUUGUUUGUUGGGACGGUCAGCGCUAUGGGGGCUAGCCGUGAAUGGGCGUUAG